GGUCUCAAUUGAGUUUUGCAGCAAAAUAUUCAAGCUAUUACCUGUUACUACUUCAACUAACAUGCCUUUUGUCUUUGUGGAUUUUGUUUUUGGCAGAGCCAAGAUUCCCCAGGGAUGGGACAAGUUUCAGGGCAAAACCUGCUAUCCACGAACAAUCAGCAGAAUAAUCAAGUGGAGUCUUCUCAAGCUACGCAUCAUUCCUCAUCAGUUAAAGGACAAGUUUCAGAGGGAGGUGUAUUAGAUUGGGACAGUGAGCAAAAUAAUCAAGAGGAAUCUCGUUUGUCUUUCCCAGCUGAAUCCUCAGGAAACAACAGGGUCACAAUCCAAAACGACUGGACUGGCGGUUCAGCAGCACCACCAGGGGAACUCCUAAGAGAUUCUGCCGGUGCCACGCAACUGAACACUGUAAUGAAUGGACUCAAUUAUAUUAUGCACUGGGAUCGUGAACCAGAGAUUAACAGGCCCAAGAGAUGUGACAAUUGGGCUUGGGAGGGGUGCACUGAUAUUGAACAAGCCAUUAGGGUAUAUAAAUGGAGGAAGAAGUUGGCUUGGAGGUAGGAAGGAAUUAUGUCGUCCCUUCCCCCUCAGAUUCCCUUGUGACUUCCCUUCUUUUCUCUUCAAGUUGAUCUUCAUCUUCUUCUCUGUGUUUCUUUUGUCUUACAUAUUUAGAGUGAUCUGUAUCAUAAAUAUAAAAUCUAUUUUGUAGUUAUGCACAUUCUUGUAAGUUUAGCUGUGAUUUUUCAUUGACUAUCAUGAAUAAGGCAGUGUUUGGUUCAA